CCGGCAGAGGAGCUGCUGCAGACUUCCUACCACAAUCCCGUUUACAUUCGCAUGGUGUGAACUCGUCCGUUGGUCUUUAAUCUCUUCUUCUUCUCUUCUUUUUUCUUCUUUUUUUCUGUUCUUGGAGGACUUUGACCGACUCGGACAUGUCUGUUCCAAUCCCGCAAAUGACGUACAGGACCAUCGAGACCGUGUCGUCGGAGCCGAUGACCAAAACGAUGGUCUCCGCCGCCCCCAUCUCCCCGGUGUCCUACGGCGUGAACGGUUCCUACGAGACGGUCCGCUACCUGGUUCCGGUCCAGCGGGCCGUCCAGCAGUCCUACGUGAUGAUGCCGCAGGCGAUGCCGCAGAUGAUGCAGCAGGUCGUGUCGCCCAUGUACCUGCAGCCGGUCUCCCGGCUCAGCGUCAGCAGCCAGGAGGGCUCCGACGUCGUUUACCGACAGCAGUGUGUCGUAGAGAACGUCAGUGGGAAGUCUUCGGUGUUUAGCCAGUCGUCCAGCCCAGUUAAGAGCCCAGAACCAAGUGCGGAAGAGGAGGAGGAAGAGGAGGAGGAAGAGGAGGAGGAGGAGGUGGAGGUGGAGGAGGUGGAGAUCAUCAAUGUGAUCCAGCAAAAGCCUGUGGAGAAGGUGACUGAGAGGGUCUUCAAGACGGAGACCAGGAGAGAGGUGAGGGAGAUCCCCCAGCCCACCAAGAUGGACACGCGUUUCUUUGGCGAGCUGCUGGCUGAGGUCUACAGGAAGAACUGUGACAUCCACUCCUGCAUCUCCGAGCAUGUGGCCAAGAUCCGCGGACGGAAACAUCAGCUGGACCCCAGUAAUGACUACAAGAUGGAGAGAGAGGAGGUGGAGGCUCUGAUCCCAAAAGGAGCCACUGAGCUCACCAAACAACAGAUCCGAUACCUCCUACAGACCCGUCUCACUGCAGAUAAAAGCAUGCGUCUUCUGUUGUCUACGUUCAGCAGUCUGAGGGAGGAGCUGAUCCACAUGUCUGACGACCUCAGGCGUCUGGAGAGUGAGAAAGAGUCUCUGGAGAGGGAUCUGAGUUUUAAGGACGACCAGGCUCAGCAGUAUGAUCGCCUCCUGGAGGCUGUACGAGAGAACAACAGACAGUUACAGCUGUCUCUGAAGGAGAGCACUGUGUCCCAGCGGACUCUGGAGAGCCAGCUGAUGAGCAGCCUCAGCACCGACUCGGGUUACGAGUUCAAGAUCAAGGAGCUGCAAGGGAGACUGAGAGUUCUGGAGAAGGAGAAUGAAAUACUCAAACAGAAGCAAAUGUCUCACAGCAGCAACAGUUUGACCCUGCAGACGAAGACAGAGGAGUUGAGCCGGCAGUACAGCGAGCAGCUCAGCAUUUUGACAGAGGACAAAGACAAGGAGAUCGGGAACCUGCGGUCCCAGCUGAUGAGGAUCCAGACAGAGGUGAGCACUGAGCGGUCCUCCUUGUCCUCCUCACAGAAGAGUCUCCAGCUGAGGAUCACGGAGCUGCUCGCCAUGCUGGAGCAGCGUCAGAGCCUCAUCACGCGACAUGAGGAGGAGAUCAGACAGCUGAAGCAGGAGAACGAGAGCUCUAGAAACCAAGUCACCAAGACCAUCAUCACCAAGAAGUACAGGAACCAGUACCCCAUCCUUGGUCUGCUGAGUGACGACUUCCACGUAACCUCACCCGUCAAGGAGGCCAAGACCAUUGUCAUUGAGAGGAGUGGAGAGAUGAUUAAACAGGAAUGAAUGACAAGAGGACCCAAAUGCCACCCCCAUCCAUCAUCCACCAUCCCCAUCCACCAUUCCAUGUAUGCUCCUCCCCCUCCCUGGCACUGGCUGGUUGGUGGUGGUUCGACCCCCAUUUCCUCCUCCCACUACCCCCUAUCAAUGAGAUCAUUGGUUUAAAUCCUCUGUUUGACUAGACCAAACUGGAUUUUUUUUUUUAAUGGAAAGUUUGUGCUGUGCUUAUUUUCAUUUUUAUUUUAUUUCAUGAUUUAUUGUAUUAUAAUGAAUCACUUGCUUGGUAAUCGACCAUACAUCCUCUCUUGGCUUGGCUAGAGGUAGCGGAUGAGGGCCAGGUGGCUUAUACAUGAGUUUUUUUCAUGACAACUGCAGGCUUUCCUAUUAAUAACCUCGCAAGACAAUGGCUCUGUCAUAAGACGCCGACCUUUGCCAACAUAGUGGACCCACCAGGGUCUGUCCUGAACCUCCAGACACUGGUGAAUUCCCCCAUUCUUUCACUGUUUGUCUUCUUGGCUGGAGGUCAGAAGCCACCCCAUCUCCCAGCCGUCAUGAACGUACGUUUAGGCAAAUCAGCAACAUGCUAGAAUAUGAUGUCACAUCCUGUGUGUCAUAUCUUUCUCAUAGCAACCACAGACAUGCUAGGGUGGUGUCUGGAAGGGAGGCAGGGGAUUCCAAAUGCCACCUCGCCUGCACGAGGAUAGACAGUUGAGAAGAGGUAAAGUUUGUUUUAGGCAGCUCCUGCAGAGGUGAAGUUAAAGUGUUAGCAAAUCUGGGUACAAGUUAGCAAGAGCUAGCUCUACUACGAAAAUAUACUGCGCCCCCUCACUUCUGCCCAAGAACUGACCGACAGCAAGUAGGGACCAAUGGAGACGCCGGCUCCCAAAGCACUCUCCUGAUUGGCUGAUGCGGUGCAGGAACAGAGGUAGUGCUCUCCUGAUUGGCUGAUACGGUGCGGGAACAGAGUAGUGCUCUCCUGAUUGGCUGAUACGGUGCGGGAACAGAGUAGUGCUCUCCUGAUUGGCUGAUACGGUGCAGGAACAGAGUAGUGCUCUCCUGAUUGGCUGAUACGGUGCAGGAACAGAGUAGUGCUCUCCUGAUUGGCUGAUACAAUGCAGGAACAGAGUAGUGCUCUCCUGAUUGGCUGAUGCGGUGCAGGAACAGAGUAGUGCUCUCCUGAUUGGCUGAUGCGGUGUGGGAAUAGAGUAGUGCUCUCCUGAUUGGCUGAUGCGGUGUGGGAACAGAGUAGUGCUCUCCUGAUUGGCUGAGGUGGUGCGGGAACAGAGUAGUGCUCUGUCUCCGUUUACAGCAUCUUGGGCGGCAACAGAGACCAGCUUUAUUUCCCAGUGCUUACUUGAUAGCUGCCGGGAUGUAGAAAAAGUUUGACCAAAUAUAAAAAAGUGCCCUAAAUGAAAAUCACUGAAAGCCACUUUAAGAAGAAAGCGGUGGUAAGGACUGAUGGACAUGGAAUCUUGUCUAGACACCACGGUGGGGGUGAAGGAUGGAUAUGACACUGGGUUUUAAACUAUGCAUGUAAAUAUAUAUUUUUCAAAGUCGGGCCUGUUGAAUGUUUUUUUUUCUUCCAAAAGAGCCGCUAGAAUAGUUCCAUUGUUAUAUAGUUUGGUAAACGACAGAAAAAUAUUUGUUGGGUUGUUGGUUUGCUUUUGUUUAGUGGUCAACAGUAGAUACAGCUUUCAAGAAUGGUCCGUUAUCCGUUUUGUUUUGUUUUUUCUUGACAUGUCUGGAAAUAGCGAUGCAUGGGGGCUGCAUGGGGUUGAUUGUUUUUGAUUGCGGGUGAUGUUUUUGUGCAGCUGGACAUUAUUUGACAUCCAUAAGAGCCCACGCAAAGCUCAUGUGGGCUUCUAUGAGUAACUGGUGGUGGCUGGUUUGGUUGGAGGCUGAUGACCAGCAAGCUGUAUGACAAGAACUCCGUGGAAGGGAACUUGGGAGUGGUUAAAGGGGUUUUACAAUGGUGGAAGAAAGCACAAUGUAUGUCAAUUUGGGGUAUUUUGAGUCUUUUUCUUCAGUUCUUCUGGAUGUGUGUGUGUGUAUGUGUGUGUGUGUACACAGGCUUCCCUGCAGAUAGAAAACCUAUCAAAUUUGAAGGGCUUUGGGUCCACUGGAUAUUUAAGCGCUUCUUAAUUUUCUUUCCGUCUUCCCUUUAUUUGAAAGGGCUGACUGAGACACUGGAAGUUAAGAUCGGUAAAAUCUGAGCAUCAAGUGUCCCAACAGCUUCUCCACAGUCUCGGCGUAACAGCAGAAGUCGACGCCGGUGCUUUGGGUUCAUGUGCAGAACUUAGGUCCAGCCCAAAAAGCAAAAAAAAGCCAGUGGGGACAAAGCAAUUUUUCUGUAGGAAAGCCUGUAUGGAUUUCUGUUGACUGGGUCCUCAGAUGUCUUCACAUGUGGUUUACCCUGUUAGCAGGCUAACAUUAGCCCAGUGUCAUCAUUUGGUCUGUUUGAUUGGCAGUUUGACAAGCGGCUUGGUGUCCCACGUUGACCCGGCAUCGACAGUUGGAUGUCCUUGUCAUCUUUAAUGCAAUUUUAAGUAAAAAGAAAAAAAAAGAAUGAAAAUUGGCCAGCACUAUUUUCAUUGGCCCAUUGCUUAGCUUGCUACCUGAGUAAUCCUUAAAGAGUCCUGUUUGUGCCUUGUUAUUUUAUUUUUCUUCGAAGGAAUGGAUCCUUAUAAUGCAUUGUAUGUCAACCUGUGUUUAACAAGUUAUGAUGUGUGAACAGACAAUGGCUUUAAUAUAUUUUCUUAUAAAAUCUAUUCCUAUCCAAAGAGCUUUGCCCCAUCAGGGGAUCCCUGGUGAGGCCUCUGCCUCAUUCAGCUUCACUGAAAAAUAAAAAAUAAAAGUUUGGUUUGUAAUGGAUUGUGAUUAAAAUGA